UUUGUUGGUUGUCUGUGUGACGGCCUCAAUUUUUUCCCCAAUUUUUUCUAUUCAAGAAUUUCUUCAUUUUGGAUUUACAAUUCAAAUGUUUCAAUAUUUGCCAUGAACAGCAUUCUUCUAUUUACCAGCCACAAAUUUCAAAUCUUGGACUUUUUCCCCACAAUUCAAAAUAACAAGAAUAUAUUUUCUCACGGAAUUAAAUUUUGUGAACUCGCUCAUUCAAGCAUAACCAUAAACACGACUAAAUAUGAAUUAUCUGUGAUCGAAGAGAACGGUGAACUAUAUGAUGCUUUGGAUGCGGAGAAAGUUCCUGAAACAGCAUUGGAAAAGCAGAUAUUUGAGAUGGAACGAAAUCCAAAGUUGUAUACUCAGCUCAUUAUCACUUCGAAACGUUGCACUACCAUUGAAGUGGUCGAGAAUCUUAGAAAUCUUCCGGAGUGUUUGGAAUAUUUACUCAGCAAAAUACUAAACCACCAGAAGAAGAUAAUUAGCAUUGCAACGAUGUCGAUUAAACUGAAAUACUGUGAUUUUAUUCCGCGCAAUUUAAGAUUGAAAGUUCGAAGGCUUAUCAUUGCCCGUCGCCUUUACGAAUAAGAUAUUUUGAGAAUUACUGAAAUUAUCGAUUCAACGAGUCCACUUGAAAAACUGGAACUUGAUUGGCCGUUCGACUUUGAUCAUCCAAUUGUUACAUCCGCAAAGCUUCUAGUUUUCAACAUCGCCACGUUUUUUGAUAAAAUUCGCAAUACGCGAGUACACUUCACUUAUAGCAAAAGAACCUUGAGGAAUCUCAUUCAUAGAGUUGACUGGUGGACCAAAGAAGGAAAAGAUAUUGGAACCCAUUAUUCUUUCGACGUUGGAUCGGUAAAAGAAGGUAAAUACAAUAUGAAGCAGAUCAAAAAUUUUUUCAAAGGAAGACUUGAUAAAAAAUCAAGCUCAAAAACAGGUUGCGUUUCAUUGGAAAUGGACAAUACAUCUCGAUUAGUCAUCUACUGUGAGGAAGCUCAAAAUAAUUGGACUCUCAAUCUGAAAGUUGUUGCAAACGAAUAA